CAAACAAGAAUAAGACUUAGUUAGAAAAAAAUAUCAGGGAAGGAUCAAGGAUCUAGAAACGAAAGCAAUUACCCAUAGUGCCUUGAGGUAAACAAGAUUUUGUGAAACAACGUGGUGAUUGCUCAGAGUGUUGUGUCAGAGAAAAAUUGCACCACCUUGAAGAAGCAUGCCUGAAUGUCCUGAACUGCAUCUUGCCAGCCAGUUUGUGAAUAUCGUGUGUAAAGGUAGAAUAUUCAAAGGUCCUGUUAUAAAAUCGGAGGUAAGCAAACUUGCAGAAGUUGACUUCAACGGUGAAUACACAAUUUCUGCCGCCUCCAGGGGAAAAGAAAUCAAACUUACAUUAGUCCCUUAUGGUAAUGGAAAGAAAUCUGCCAACAAACGCAAACCCCUGGAUAUUGUUUUUCAAUUCGGAAUGUCAGGAAGGUUUGAUUUCGACAAGGUGGCGGAGAUGAGAAAGCAUGCCCACCUGAAUUUCUUUACUAAAGAUGAGCCGCGGAUGGUGCUGAGUUAUGUUGACCCAAGAAGGUUUGGAAAGUGGCAGGUGGGAGGGGACUGGUCAACAAAGAGGGGGCCGUGUGUCUUAUUUGAAUAUGACGAAUUCAGGAGGAAUGUCUUGGAAAAUGUGAAGAAUCCAGCCUUCAACAAACCAAUAUGUGAAUGUCUUCUAAACCAAAAGUACUUUAAUGGUGUCGGAAACUACCUGAGAUCAGAAAUUUUGUUCAGGGCUGGGAUACCCCCUUUUGUGUCAGCAAGGUCUGUAUUGGAGCCCCUGACGAAUGGAGUGACAAAGAGUGGGGUCAAAGUGAAAAAGGAAUCCCCCGAUGUCUUGGAGCUGUGUCACACAGUACCACAGGAAGUGGUCAACCUGAAAGGCGGUGGAUAUGACCCGUGGGGCAGAGAUAAGAACUUUGCCAUUUUCAUUGGAUGGCUCCAGUGCUAUAAUAAACCAGAGAUGAAAAACAUGGGAGACCACAACAAGAGGACAGUAUUUUACUGUGGUGACCCAGGGCCAAUGGUGCCAAAAGAUAUUCAAGUAAGAGGAGUAAAAAGGUUUCCGAAACAGGCCAAUGUUUCAUCAAAGAAAAUGAAGAAAGACUUGGAGUCUUCGUCAGAGUCAUCGGAGGAAGAAGAAGAGGAGGAGGAGGUUCUGACCAAAGGGAAGAAGGAAGAUGAAGGCUCAAAGGCAAAACCAAAAUUAGCAAGAUCGUCUACAAAAUCAAAAUCAACAAGGCCAUCUAAAAAACCAAAACAAGGUAGGUCAUCAGGAAAAUUGUCUCCAGCUUUGUCGUCAAAGUCAGCAAAGUCACCAGCAAAGAAAGGACAGCGACCAGAUAGGGGCUCAGCCAGGUCUGCUAGAAAGAAGUAGACAUACUGCAAUGGCAUACAUUCACGCACAUUUGUUGUUUUUAUAGCAUGUUCAUUUAUUUCAGUGGCAACUAUUGAACUUACCAUUUGGGUUUUAAAACAGAGAGAUUAAGAGAGAAAAUAUCCAAUAUGUUACUUUAUAAAAUCUUUUUUCUGAAUUAAUACAUUGAUUAAAUUGAUUUGUUUGGAUUACAUGUGUAGCCAGAUUUAUUUGCAUGUAUACUGUAAUCAUUGGAAAAUUUCAGAUAUUUAGAAUUUUCUUAUUCUUUUGUACAUUUCACAAUUAAAAAUAUAUUUUGUUUUUGUAUUCUUGAAUAUUUUUACAUCAUUAUGUUUAUAUUAUGUUUUACAUUAUAACAUACCGUAAAUGCGAUAAUUUUUGCAAUGAUCUAAUUUUCGCUUUUUUCCGCAAUCUCUUUGAAAUCACUUAAUAUUAUUUUGCAGAGAUUUUAUUCUGUAUUUUUUCUAUUAGAAGCUUAAAAAAUCGCAAAAAAAUAUGACUGAUGCAAAUUAAAAAUUCUACUCAUUUCCCCCCACUUUCCCAAAUUUUGUUACACACUCAAAAAAAAUAAAAUUGGAUAAACAGUAUGAUACUUAACUUUGUUGAUGGCAGCAUCUUGAAAUUUAAACCACUGUAUUGUAAUGGUACUUUAGCAGUAUGUAAAUUUCUAACUUUCAAAUCCCGGUGACAUUUGUCAUAGCAGGAAGUUCUAUAACACCUGCACCAAUAAAAGUUUCUGUCCCAGGAAUCUUGCUUGAGAUUGUUUUAAGGAAAUAAUGUUUAGGUUGACCCAUCACCAGUUAGCUGUUCUAUAAAACCCAUAUUUAUACAAUCAUGAACUAGUUAAAUAAUUUUCAUGUGAUCAAGAUCCCAGUAUUGACAAUGGGAAAAAAGUCACCUAAAUCCUUUGCUCUGAUUUUUAUUACAUGUAUUUGAUUUAAGUAUGGAUUUGUUAUGAGUUGAACAUUCUCUUGUGCCAUUUUGCUAACCAUGGUUUUUAGCCCCAACGUUCCCCAUGUGUUGAUGGUGAACUAUACACUUGUAAUUGGGUUUGUUUUUUUGUUUUUUUUAGUUAUUAAAUCUGAAGGAUAGCUUCA